UUGGCGGUGCCCGUCGCCAUUUCCCCAUUCCUCAAGAAAGAAUGUUGACUUCUUAUCGAGAGAGAGAGAGAGAGAGAGAGAGAGAGAGAGAGAGAAAGAACCAUCAGGAAUGCAUCCUUCUUCCUCGUUUUCUCCACGAUGAAUUAUCAAUUGGUGUUGUUUUGCUUUUGAGGAUCGAGUGUCGGGUGAUUCGAUUGAGAUUUAAGAGUGGUCUUACGGCAAAAGUCCUCUUGGGGGGAGUGACGUGAUCUCCAUUUUUCCCCAUUAAGAAUGAGGCUUCCUCUUGGAGUUGGACCCCCAGAACGGUGCCUUCCGCUUCCCACCGUCGCCUUUUUAUCAUCCUUCAGGCAUUUGCUCUAUUUUUGUCUUACAAUUUCUAAAACAGUUCGGAAUCAGAUAUCUUCAUUUACGCCGGUCUCGGUCUGUUCAUCACGUGGUGAGGAAGGUAAUUGGUUAAGUUCUCCUCUUUCUUCCUAUUUUGUCCUCUUUCGAAGAGAUGUAGGCGUUUCUGGAUGCAGGAUCGUCUCGAGUUCCUGCCUUAAUGAAAGUCAAGGGAGUUUGUUCGGAUUUUCCGGGUAAUUUUGCCUAUUAUUUCCCCCCCUGGAUGUGUUGCCUUCCUUACAUAAUUGCGUUUUGAAUGGAAGAAGGUGGCAUUCUCUCCUAAACAUUGCAUGUGGAGUACCAUGAAGGAUGCUGAAUUUGCCUUCCGUUUUUGGGAUGAUUAAUUGCACGCUUGUAAUUGUGGUUAAUUAAUCGAGGUGCCAGCCAUCAAAAAUUUUGGCAGUUUACUUCUUUUUGGGCUCCUGACUUUGUGUUAUUACCUGCAGGGUUGAAAUUCGGCGGCCUUCUUUUUCCAUGUAAGCUUGGCGGGAUUUGACUUUGCUGAAGAUGGUGACACUCAAAACAUUUUAAGAAGUUCCUGUUUGUUUUCAUGCGGUGUUGUUAGCAGCUCGGUGGAUGAGGACCUUUUAUGGCUUCUUGUGUUUGGAGCCUAGUGAGUUUUGAGGUUUAACGUGUGUUGGCUAACCGCUGGCCGGCAUCGCCCUGCCAAUUUUCCGGAUUGAGGGCUUGGUGGGCACCAAAUUUGGUAGUUCUGUAAUGAUGCUAUUGGGUGAUAUCCAAGACGUUGAGAUCAAGAAUGCGCCAUCAGCUUAAUAGUGGGGUAGUCUCUUUUGAUGUAUCAUGUCCUCCAAUGCUGAAUCAGGUUACAAUGAAACUGAAGUGUCCGACAUUAUCAUCAUGAAUGGAACAACAUCCAAAAGAAAUAGGAAUGGAAUAGUGUACAAGAUUCUUAAUAGUUUCCGGAAGCCAGAAAAGGAAAUGCUGAUUAGUCUUCCAACAAAUGUCUCGAGGAGAGGAACUAGUAGUAGGUUGCCUCUUGUCCAUGUUCCAUCAUUGGAUGAUGAGGGUCAUGACAAUGGUUUGGACGAGAAAGGUGAUGAAAAGAGAACGCAUGGAGCAGAAAGAAAAUCCCAUUCCCUUAUCUCUGGGUCUUCUUACUGUGUAUGUUCCUGCAGCAUGAUACUGCUUAACAAAGUUGUGUUAUCAAGCUAUGGGUUUGAUGCAGGGGUCUCUUUAAUGCUUUUUCAGAAUCUUGUUGCUGUCAUAAUUAUUCUUAUGUUAAGUGCUUUUGGAGUAGUGACCACAGAAAAGCUCACAUGGAGGCUUGUAAGAGUCUGGAUUCCUGUUAAUAUGAUAUUCAUUGGCAUGCUCAUAACAGGCAUGUACAGCUUGAAGUAUAUUAAUGUUGCAAUGGUGACUAUCUUAAAGAAUGUGACAAACAUCCUUACUGCAAUUGGAGAUACAUAUAUUUUUAGACGGCAUCAAAAUGCAAAAGUUUGGGCUGCUUUAUUCUUAAUGAUCAUAUCUGCUGUAUGUGGAGGCAUUACAGAUCUCUCGUUCAAUGCUACAGGUUAUACUUGGCAAGCAUUGAAUUGCAUUUUGACUGCAAGCUAUUCACUGACCUUGCGACGGGUUAUGGAUGUGGCAAAGCAGGCGACAAGAUCUGGGUCACUGAAUGAAGUUUCCAUGGUGUUGCUUAACAACUUGUUGUCAUUACCAUUUGCCAUAUUCUUGAUCAUUCUUUUCAAUGAAUGGGAAUAUGUGUACAGCCUAGACAUGAUUAGGUUGCCGAUGUUUUGGGUGGUUGCGACAGCUAGUGGAUUUCUUGGACUUGGUAUCAGUUUUACAUCUAUGUGGUUCUUACACCAAACUGGGCCUACCACUUUCAGUUUGGUAGGAUCUUUAAACAAGAUACCACUCUCAGUUGCUGGUAUUCUGGUGUUUAGGGUUCCAAUCAGCCUCCCUAACCUUUCCAGCAUACUCUUUGGUCUCUUUGCUGGAGUAUUCUUUGCAAAAGCAAAAAUGUCAUGAUUGAAGAUACCGCAAUGAUGCCGAAAGAUGCUGAAAGAUGCCGAAAGAUGUCUCUUUGCUGGUCUCUUCUGUAAUAUUUAUUUAUGUAUUGUUUGGUUGUUUUGCAAAGAUGCCGAAAGAUCCCUUUAUAUCUGAUGCAAAAUCUAAUAUUUUUUCUGUAGCUCUAACAUUAUUAUCCAUAAGCUCAUCAAAUAUAAGAAUCUUUUUGCUUUUUUCACAACAUUCACUGUCCA